AUGACAACAAGCAGUGGAAGACCACGCCGAAAAUGUGUUUCCGUCUCUUUUGUUGGCGACGACGAUGUAAUAGGGCAUAUAUUUGAUACAAAUCAGGGAAAGAAAGCAAAACCAAGAAACAGAUUGUCUUUACAACAUAAAAGGGGAAGCCAGUUGAAAUACACAGAAGAUAUAGAACACAUUGAAGAAAGUGGUAGUGAUAGUAAUGAGGAAAAUAUUCCUUCAGCAGUUUUUGGAGAAAAUGAAGGAGAAAGUCAGGUUGCUGGGAGUGAUGUGUUUCAGUUUAGAACUCCAAAAAAGUCAGGAGGCAUGGCACAAAAAGCGUCCGAGGCAAGAACGCCAAAGACUCCGAAGUCCAUACUGAAGAGCAGUGGCGCGGUCUCAGGGAGGAAAGGAUCCCAGAGUGUGACCCCACAAAAAGGGGAAGGAACUCCUACAAAGAGAAUGCAAGUGAAGAAGAAAGGGAGGAAACCAGAGGCCACAACUCCAUUUAAACUUAGGAAAAGAGCUGAAUAUAUCUGUGAUGAUAUUGAUGUGGACUCGGACUCUAGCGAUACUGACAGUGAGGAGGGGGGAAGUGACACAGAAACUGUUAAAGCCCCCCCUACCACCCCCAGAUCACGCAGGAAGAUUCAGGAGACAGCUGAUAUGCCCCAUAUGGUAGAAGAAUACUUUGACCUACAUUCACAAGGGGGGAUAACAAUGGUAACAUCUGACAGAACUCUAGCAAAGCUUGGUACAACAAAGAUGGACCAAGACUCUCUAAACGAACUUCUUAAAAGGAUCCCAAGCAAACACAGUAAUGAAUGUAAACAGAUGUAUGAAGAACACAGAGAGCUCUUUCCUAGGUGGAUGUUUCAUAUGUGCAAUGGGUACAAUAUAUUGUUACAUGGUCUGGGCUCUAAGAGAACUUUAAUUGAAGACUUCAGAAGAUCUGAACUAAAAGAUGUAGAUCAUAUUGUUGUCAAUGGGUAUUUUCCAAGCCUCACCAUUAAACAUAUUUUGAAUACUAUAAUUGAUGACAUAUUAGAAGCAGAGAGCAGCCACAGAAGUCCUCUGGAUCAAGUAGAAUUCAUUAAAUCACAGUUUGAGACAAAAGAUUACAGGGAUUUCUUCCUCAUUGUACAUAACAUUGAUGGGGUGAUGUUGCGUCCAGAGAAAGUUCAAAAUAUUCUAAGUUUGUUGAGCCAGAUUAGAGGAUUCCAUAUUAUAGCUUCCAUUGACCACAUCAAUGCUCCACUCAUAUGGGACCAAACAAAGUGCAGUCGAUAUUGCUGGCUAUGGUAUGAUGUAACCACAUACUUACCAUAUACUGAUGAAACUUCAUAUGAGAACUCGCUCCUGGUACAGCAGACAGGUGCCCUGCCUCUCAGCUCAAUGUCUCACGUCAUGAAGAGCUUAACCACUAAUGCCAAACAGAUCUUUUUAUUGCUGGCAAAACACCAGAUGGAGAAUAAAGAUAGUGGUACCUAUAUAGGUAUGUCCUUACAAGACCUUUACCAAAAAUGCAGAGAAGCUUUCCUUGUGAACAGUGAUUUAACAUUACGUGCACAGUUAAUAGAAUUCAGAGAUCAUAAGCUGAUCAAGUCCAAAAAGGGUUUUGAAGGAAUUGAAUACCUUGUAAUCCCAGUGGACAAUGCUACACUAACAGAGUUUAUAGAACAGCGUGAAAGUAAUGUAUAACUGGAAGCUGGACUUCAGUUGCAAUUCAAUUCAUCCCGGGAAAUGUAAGAUUGACAAUUAUUUUGGUGCAUCUGUAUAUAUAAGUGUUUACUCGACGUUGUUAUAUGUAUAUUUCCCAAAAAAAAUAAUUAACUUAUUGAACUUGGAAAUAAAUUGAUGAAUAUUCAUAA